AUGUUUAUUUUACCUCCACCCCCGAAAUACUAUGGAACGGGCGCAUUUCCUCACAAUCUGCCUGCUUUAGAGGCGACCAAUUCACGGACGGUUCUCGAUCAGACUCAGAACUUCUCGGCGCCGGAAGGUGUUUACGAGGCACAGGACUGUUUGUUUCUGGCGAUGCCACUUCCUCAUCCCAGCGACCCACCUCCCGUGGUCAUUAAUCCGCUGGCUCCCACUAUAAAUCAACCGUCAAGCCAUUCCAGUGGUGUCAGAGUAUCCACUUUGGUUGUACGACAAACCACUGAUAAGUCUGUUGGUGGUGCGGCAGGCCAUGCCGUGUCUCAAAUGCCAGGCAUGAAGAAAAGACCAUCGGUAGCAUCUUCCAACCGUCCGUCAUUCGGUGGUUGGACGUCUUCUCUGUUGAAAAAGUCGUCAGUUGGUUCUGAGACGUCUGGUGCUGCUGCUGGCGGUGGUGUAAUUACUGCUUCGUCAAGAGCAGGAGCUAGUUCUCAAGUGACUCUUGACUCGACUUCAUCCAAUGAUUCCCCCGAAUUCUCAUCUUCGACGUCUUUACCAUUAUCAGUGGUAUUGAAUUCCGCAACCGGUACAGUUUCCAGCGGAGGCUCGGGCGCUGGUGCUGGCGCCGGUUCUGCUGCUAAUGGAGGUUUGAGACGCAAACCCAAGAAUAGUCUGACCAAGAACAAUUCGUCGUUUAUUUCUCGAACAAUCGUUCAUGAAAAUCUGUCUAAACGACUUCAGGAACACAGUUUAGACGAUGUAUUCAUCUGGGCCAAUGUGGGACGGUCGUUAUCAUGGAUUUCUACUGCCAACCCCUCUAUCAAACAUGAAGCACUAACAAAGAUUCUAUUCACUAAAGCUCAUCCACUAUGCCAUGAUAUGAACAUUACCACUGCAUCCAUGCAGAAUGUGGAUGUUGUUAUUGGCACUUCAGCUGGUGAUGCUAUCUGGAUCGAUGCCAUUACUAACAAAUAUAACCGAAUCAAUAAGAACGGAGACGUCACCAGAUCUCCAAUCACAUCUAUCAAAUGGAUCCCCGGUUCUGAGAACUUUUUCAUCACCGGACAUGCUGACGGAUCUCUAGCGAUUUUCGAUAAAGACAGAGACAAUUCCGGGUUUUCAUUGUCCGAUUCGGCUGGUAGUCAAGACCCACGAUCUACUGAUACGUUUAGAAUCAUCAAAUCAUUCACCACAGCUCUUAACAAUUCAUCCAAUAAUAAGUCGGGUGAAUUACUCAACCCCAUUGCUGUAUACAAAGUAUCCAAUUCACCAGUUACUGCUCUGGAGUUUUCACCCACAGGAGACAUUCUUUCUAUUUCCAGCAACGACGGAUACCUGCGAUUACUGGAUCUUGCUAAUGAGCAAAUGUACGAUAUUUUCCCAUCUUAUUACGGCGGUUUCAUCUGCACUGCAUUCUCGUCCGAUGGCGAGUAUUUUGCUACUGGCGGCCAAGACGAUAUGGUCUGUGUUUAUUCGGUUCGCAACAAGUCACUAGUAGCCAGACUACAAGGACACAGGUCAUGGGUUCGUCAAGUGCGGUUUGAUCCCUGGACCUCGGAUUCGUCUAAUUACCGUUUAGGAUCCAUUGGCGAAGAUGGCACCUUGCUUUUAUGGGACUUUUCGCCCAAGACACUGACAAGACCGAAGGCCAUGAUGACCCAACACAGUCGUAAGAAGUCAAUUCAAUUCUCUGAAAAUUGCGAUCCUAACGGUUCGACAUCAGGUCUCAGUAUUGGAGACACCUCAUCCACCAGCAAGACGUUUACCAGCAAACGCAGCUCGGCCACAACGCUACAUUCGUUCAUUUCACAAAACGAUACCCCCAUUCUUCCCCCUGUGGUGAAGAAGUCUGUACACGUAGCAGAGGCCGAACCCGAGCCUCUUUCUGACCUGGUCUUCCUGCCCAAGGCCAUAAUGGUCGUCGGCAAAGACGGCCGCAUCUGGACCUGGGGCCGGCCCAAGACUGUCUAA